AUGCUCACACUUUUCUUUGACCUGAAAGGUACUGUUCAGCAUGAGUAUGCUCCAGAAGGUCAAACGGUGAACAAGGAAUAUUAUCUGGAAGUUCUAAAGCGAUUACAUGAGUCAUUGAGAAAGUGCAGUGAACCUCUAACGAGGAAAAAGCUAUAUAUCAAAUUUUACUCUGAUAAAUUUGCGAAGUGUAAGAUCGAAACAAAUGAAGUUCAGCCAAAACCUUUUAGUGAUAUUCCUGGACCAAAAUCUUUGCCUGUUAUUGGAACUCUUUACAAAUAUCUACCAUUGAUUGUAAUCAAUGUUCUGAUCUAUAAUAAACGACUGAACAGCUUCUCAAAAGAAGAAAGAUGUGAAAACUCUACAAGUUCAAAGUUAAUUGACGCUGCUUUUACAACAAAUAGUGCAAUUUUGAAGUUGGAUAAUGGAUUACAAUUAUGGCGUUUUUUUGAAACACCAUUGUACAGAAAACUACGUAAAGCACAGAUGUAUAUGGAAGCGGUUGCAUUAGAACUAGUAUCCAGCAAAAGAAAGGACAUGGAAGUACAGUAUAGUAAAUCAUUUCUAAAUUCUUAUUUAGAAAAUUCUGCUUUGGACAUUAAGGAUGUUGUAGGCAUGGCUUGUGACAUGUUACUUGCUGGUAUAGAUACUACCACCUAUAGUACUGCUUUUACUUUAUAUCAUCUUGCAAAAAAUCAAGAUAUUCAAGAAAAACUGAGAUCUGAAGCUAUGCAGUUACUAGAUCAUCAUAAUCAACAAAUAACAGUGGAAGUUUUACGAAAUGCUUCUUACACUAAAGCUGUUAUCAAAGAAAGUUUGCGAUUAAAUCCCAUCUCGAUAGGAGUAGGUCGCAUACUACAAACUGAUGUGAUUUUAAAUGGUUACCAAGUACCUAAAGGGACUGUUGUUGUAACACAAAAUCAAAUUAUUUGUCGUCUUUCUGAAUACUUCAAUGAACCAGAUUCAUUCAUACCAGAAAGAUGGUUACGUGAUAAUUCAGAUAACAGCAACAAGAUAAAUUCUGGAAAAUCAAUACAUCCGUAUGUAUUAUUACCAUUCGGUCAUGGUCCUCGGUCAUGCAUUGCUAGACGUUUUGCCGAACAAAACAUGCAAGUAUUAUUAUUAAGGAUAUGUCAGCGGUUCAAAUUUUCUUGGCAUGGUAAUGAACUUGGAAUGGUAUCUCUCUUAAUUAACAAACCAGAUGCGCCACUGAAAUUCAAUUUCCACGAAAUUUUGAAGGCAAGACCCAAUUUUCAGAAUUGCAAUGAUAUAUAA